CUUUCUAUCAUCACAUGAAGAGAAAUAAAUAAUCCACAGCGCAUCACUAUUCCCAUCAGUUCAGUGAACGAUCGCUCCAAUUUCCGGCCAUUAUAUUUACCGCGAAAAUAGACAGAAGGCCGACCGUGAUUAAAGCCAUACAAACGACUCCGAUCCCGGCGGUCCCGGAUUUUCACAGCCCGCCCUUAUUCCGCCAUUUAAUACCACCGCAAAGAAUCCUCCCAAAAAUCCCUUGCAUUUCUCGAAAUCAGAAUCCAAGAGAGAUUUUAUUACAGGGGAAGAAGUCCGGCAAUGGGCUCUCUUCCGCCAUCUCUCGAUCUUCCUUCCGAUCCCAAACACCGCCAGCAGCAGAUCGACGAAUCCACCCUCCUGAAUCUCUUCAAAGCCCAGCAGAACCACCUCAAUUACUUCUUCCGCCACCUCGAUCUCUCGCAGGCGCUCUCCUUCGCCCACACCCUCCUCAACUCCUCCGGCACCAUCUUCUUCUCCGGCGUCGGCAAGUCCGGCUUCGUCGCCAACAAGAUCUCGCAGACCCUCGUCUCCCUCGGCAUCCGCGCCUCCUUCCUCCACCCCGUCGACGCCCUCCACGGCGACAUCGGCGCCCUCUCCUCCCUCGACGUCCUCGUCCUCUUCAGCAAGUCUGGUAACACCGACGAGCUCCUCCGCCUGGUCCCCUGCGCCAGGGCCAAAGGUGCCCGCCUCGUGUCGGUGACUUCCGUCGAAGGGAACGCCCUGGCGUCUGUCUGCGAUAUGAAUGUACAUUUGCCGCUGGAGAGGGAGCUCUGCCCUUUUGAUUUGGCACCGGUAACCUCCACCGCGAUCCAGAUGGUGUUUGGGGAUACGGUGGCGAUCGCGCUUAUGGGAGCGAGGAAUUUGACCAAGGAGGAGUACGCGACUAACCAUCCUGCUGGCAGAAUCGGCAAGAGCUUGAUUUUCAAGGUUGUGAAGGAUGUUAUGAAGAAGCAAAAUGAGCUGCCGGUGUGCAGGGAGGGAGAUCUGAUUAUGGAUCAGCUGGUUGAGCUGACAAGUAAAGGCUGCGGUUGCCUUCUUGUCAUUGAUCCUGAUUAUCGCCUUAUUGGGACGUUUACUGACGGUGAUCUCCGGCGAACUCUCAAGGCUAGUGGGGAAGCCAUAUUCAAGCUUACAGUUGGGGAAAUGUGCAACAGGACACCAAGAACAAUUGGUCCAGAUGCAAUGGCAGUGGAAGCAAUGAAGAAGAUGGAAUCACCACCAUCACCUGUACAGUUUUUGCCUGUGAUCAAUGAUCAGAAUGUUUUGAUUGGAAUCAUAACCCUCCAUGGACUAGUUUCAGCAGGUCUUUGAUCUCCACAGCUAUUAUUCCAGGCGGAGCCACAUGUAGUUCCAUGUCAACAUUAGUGUAUUUCCUUCUGCAGAAGGAUGAUUAUCAUCAUUCCUUGUAGUCAUCACUCAAGAUAGCUGCUGGGUGGGAUUUUGCAGAGGGGAUCUUCUUUUGCAUUCUUUCACGAUUGACAUCGAAACAAUGAAACUCCUUGUACUGUACCGUCGAUUUCUGUAAUAUAGUUAACUAUCCCAUUUCUAUUUCAUUGAGAGACAGAUAUGUAAAAGGAUGGUUCUUUCCUCGGUUCAUCCUGCACUUCCAGAUUCACGUUGUUUGUGCAAGGAAGGCCGACCAAACCUGCAAAUGCAUCAUCGUCACAUCUUCCCAGUGAUAGUGAGAAACGCAAAUUUUGCUACAAU